AUGGUAAGAGAGGAAUGGAGGAUUUUAGGUGAGGUACAGUUCAUGGACAAGCUAAAGACUUUGACAACUCCGCUGAGCAGAUGGCAUAAAAAGAACUUUGGGAACAUGGACACAAGAAUUACACAGUUUGAGAAUGAAAUAAAGAAAGUAGAUGACAUGGUAGGUACUGGAGUGGCUGAUGGGACUAUUGAAGCAAAGAGAAAGGCGCUUGUGAGCUUCUGUAGAAAAUGGUAUAUCAAAAAGGAGCUACAUUGGAAGCAGAUGUCAAGAUCUCGGCAUGUAAAGGAGAUGGAUAAAAACACCCGCUAUUUCCACAAUUUAGCCUCAGCGCGAAGAAGGUCCAAUCGAAUUGAUGCCUUAAUGGUUAAUGGGAGGUUGGUAAGGAAUCAAGCAAGGAUCAAGAUUGCUAUCCGAGACUUUUAUAAGGAGCUGUACCACCAGGAGUCUUCACCGAUUAUUGGCUUCAGGGAUGGGCUGGUAAAGCAAAUUCUUGAAGAGGAGGCAACAGAGCUAGAGAUGAUGCCAACUACUGAAGAAAUAAAGGAGGCAGUUUGGGAUUAUGAGUCAAUAAAGGCACCAAACAGUCAUGGGUAUAAUAUGAAUUUCAUAAAGAAGUGUUGGAAAGAAUUAGGUAGAGAGUUCAUUGGAGCGGUGAAAGGAUUUUUCCAGUCAGUUAAGCUACCUAGUGAGUCGAUGUCACUUGGGUGGCGCUGGUACCGAAGUUUACUGGAGCCAAAGAAAUAA